AUGGACAAACUGGAUGGACGUCACGACGGCCCUGGGGAAUCCAGGGAGAAGGUGCUGGAGUUUGGUUUUGACUACUGCUACUGGUCUGUUGCCCCAGAGGAACCACACUACGCCUCACAGGAAGAGGUGUUCCAGGACCUGGGAGUGAUGGUGCUGGCUGGGGCGUCAGAGGGCUACAACGUCUGUCUGUUUGCCUACGGGCAGACUGGCACUGGCAAGACCUACACCAUGACGGGCACACUGGACUCCAUGGGCCUGACCCCCAGGAUCUGUCAGGGCCUGUUCAAAUCUGAUGACACAUUCCCCGAAGGACACAACUCAAGCAGGGUUGAGAUCAGUUUCCUGGAGAUCUACAAUGAGCGUGUUCGUGACCUGCUGCGAGGCAGAGAGCAGAAGAAGAAACCCUCCCUACGGGUUAGAGAGCAUCCUGAGAAAGGACCCUAUGUACAAGGUGCAGGACAGAACAAGUGUCUACUAACAAGUGUGUACUACACUUGCUAG